AUGGCUGUUCCAAUGGAUGAUUACAAUAAAAAUUCGUCAAGGGAACGUGUUCAGCGCCUCUUCAACAAGAAUGUUGAGCUGGAGACCAAGCGUAGGAAAGCCGCCCAAGCCAGAGUCCCUUCAGAUCCAAAUGCAUGGCAAAAGAUGCGUGAAAACUAUGAGGCUAUUGUCCUUGAAGACCAUGCUUUUUCUGAACAAAACGACGUGGAGUAUGCUUUGUGGCAGUUGCAUUACAGGAGAAUUGAGGAGUUACGGGUGCUCUUCAACGCUGCUCUAGCUUCAGCAGGAUCAGCUGCACCCCAGAAUGGGAAAGUUCCGUCCCGAGCUGGACCUGAUCGACUGACCAAAAUCCGUUCCCAGCUCAAGGCUUUUCUUUCUGAGGCCACCGGAUUUUAUCAUGAUUUGAUGUUGAAGAUAAGGGUAAAGUAUGGUCUGCCAUUGGAUAAUUUUUUCGAUGAUCCACACAAUCAAAUUUCCUCGUUGGAACAUGGAAAUAAAUCUUCUGAGAGGAAUAAGGGAUUGAUAUCCUGUCAUCGCUGUUUGAUUUAUCUGGGGGAUCUUGCACGAUACAAGGGCUUAUAUGGGGAAGGAGACUCUAAAGCUCGGGAGUUUGCAGCUGCAUCCAGUUAUUAUAUGCAAGCUUCUUCACUUUGGCCUUCUAGUGGUAAUCCACAUCACCAGGUUGCUAUACUGGCAGGAUAUUCAAAUGAUGAACUGGUGUCAAUAUAUCGCUACUUCCGAAGCCUAGCAGUUGAGAAUCCUUUCAUUACUGCAAGGGACAACCUGAUCAUUGCAUUCGAAAAGAAUCGUCAGAGUUAUACCCAGCUACUUGGUGAUGCUAAAACUUUGGUGAAGGCAGCACCUUCAAGGAUUCCGGGGUACAGCAGACGUAAAGGUGAAACUAGGACUUCUAUUAAAGAUAAUAAAGUGGAAGUAAGUUCAGUUAAGGAAAGAGCUUCCAGCGUUGCUGAUCUUUUGAAAGCCUUCAUCACACGAUUUGUUCGACUAAAUGGCAUUCUUUUCACGCGGACAAGCUUGGAAACUUUUGAGGAAGUCUUCUCAAUGGUUAAAAAUGAUUUUUUAGAACUUCUUUCUUCUGGGCCAGAUGAGGUGUUGAACUUCGGUUCUGAUGCUGCAGAGUGUAGACUAGUAAUUGUCAGAUUCAUCACCAUUCUCAUAUUUAUUGUUCAUGAUGUGAGCAAGGAAAAUGAAAACCAAUCAUAUGCUGAUAUCCUACAGCGUUCAGUCCUGCUUCAUAAUGCAUUUACUGCUACCUUUGAAUUUAUGGGUUAUGUACUUGAACGCUGUAACAAGUUGAGUGAUCCUUCAUCGAGCUUUUUAUUGCCUGGUAUCAUGGUUUUUGUAGAAUGGUUAGCCUGUCACAGUAAUGUUUCAGUAGACAGUGGUCUGGAGGAGAAGCAAGUGAAUGUUAGAUCCUUUUUUUGGAACAAUUGUAUCGCCUUCUUUAAUAAGCUCUUAUCAAGUGGAUAUUUAUUUGUUGGUGAAAGUGAAGAUGGUUUCUCCCAUGCAAGCAAAUACGACGAAUCUGAGACUGCUAAUCGUCUUGCAUUGCCUGAGGACUUCGAAUUGAGAGGAUUCUUUCCUCUUCUUCCUGCUCAAGUUAUCCUUGAUUUUUCAAGGAAGCAUAGUAUUGGAAGUGAUGGUGGCAAUAAGGAAAAGAAAGCCUGCAUUCAGAGGAUUAUUGCAGCUGGAAAGGCUCUUGCAAAUGUGGUCCGGAUUGGGAAGGAGGGAAUAUAUUUUGACACGAAGUUGAAGAAAUUCUUGAUCGGUGUUGAACCCACCAGCCCUUUAGAAGAUCCCAAAUUAAAUGGUAAUUCGCUAGAAAAUUCUGUUGAGGGCCAAGUGACUCUAGCUGCUAUGCCCAAGCUGGAGGUUGAUUCUGAAGGAGAGGAAGACGACGAGGUUAUUGUCUUCAAGCCAUCUAAGAGUGAGAAGCAUGUGAAUGAAUUCACUUCAAAGUUAACUUCUUCAGAGGUUCCUGAUUCCACUGCUGGUGAUGGCAGGGUUCAUUGUGGGAAUCAAAAUGGGUCCCUUUCUGUUGGAGACGAUAGUUUCCUCUUACAGGGUGCUCCAAGCACAGUACGAUCUAUUGCUGUUGCUAACUGCACUUCUCAGUAUAUGCUACCAGUCCAACCUAGCUUUUCGAAGUACUUGGUGGAACAAAGUCCAACAGCGAAUGGCUUGUCCCAAUUGAGUUUGAUGGAAAAUGGAUCUUUUAUGAAACCUUCUCUGCAAGAUCAAUUGGGAGUCUCCCAGCCUGCUGCUUCUGCUGUUCCCUACCCUCGAUUUGCCAACACUGAUACUGGACAUAAUUAUCCUGUUCAGAUUUCACAAACUGCUGUAAUAUCUAAAUUUGAUUCCAUUAUGUCCCCCGGAGCAGCUACUGAUGGCCUGUUUGUCAAACCAUCUCCAGCCAUAUCAUCAGGCAUAAAAAAGAAUCCUGUGAGUCGACCUGCUCGGCAUUUUGGGCCCCCACCUGGCUUUGGUUCCAUUCCUUCUAAAUCUGUGGACGAGUCAUUGAACAGCAUGACAUUGAAAAAUGAAAAUCAUUCAACCCCUCAAAUAAACGAAUAUAGCUGGCUAGAUGGAUACGAGUUAACUUCAAAUCAGAGUGCUGGAUUUAACAAUUCCAUUAAUCAUGUGGGACCAACAUUCCCUUCUGCGAGCAAGAACAGUGGUUCAAUGGGAAUGACAAACUUCCCUUUCCCUGGGAAGCAAGUCUCUAUGAUGCAAGCCCAGAGUGAAAACCAGAAAAGCUGGCUCGACUAUCAGUUGCCAGAGGAUUUGAUGCAGUACCAGGAGCAGCAGCAACAAAUUCAUGGAGGAAAUCAACAUUACGCCAGGCCACAAAAGUAUCAAGGACAAUCUCCUUUGGAAAGUCACUUCUUUGUGUUUGAACAGUUUGACGCAACAAAUAUCCAUGGCCGUGCUGCUAUCAUUUCCACCAUUGCUUUUGAAUCUUCCAUGUUGUUAAGUGUUUGUUGGGGAGCAUGGUUGGUGUUGGAGUGUUGCAGGCACCUGACUUUGAACAGCUUUGGCGAGCUUCCAGACCUAUUGCAUGAAGCUUAUGAAGUCAAUAGGUUAUUUAACUGGUAA